GUGGCAAUGAUCAUUGAUGCAGUAUGUAAACAAAAUUUUGAUAGAAACGAAACCAACGUCAAAUUAGAAGCUCUUGCUUAAGAUUUUCUAAUAAAAAAUUAAAGAUGCGACGUCGUGGAGCAGGUGGUGUUGGAGCGAUCCAUAAACAACAAUUAGCUCAAGCUAGAUUUAAAGAUAAGGGAACCGAAAUGGCUGAUGAUCAAUUACAGCAAAUGACGAAACAAAUGGAAACUUUCCGAUCAAACCUACAAGAUUUUGCCGGAAAGUAUAAAAAUAAAAUUAAGAAGAAUCCCCAAUUUCGUCAACAAUUCCAAAAAAUGUGUUCUGCAUCAGGGGUUGAUCCUUUAGCUUCCAGCAAAGGAUUUUGGGCUAAUAUGCUAGGAGUAGGCGACUUUUACUAUGAGCUUGGAGUUCAAAUUGUUGAAGUUUGUCUUGCUACAAAGCAUCGAAAUGGUGGUAUUUUAAAACUAGAAGAUCUUCGAAAGUUGUUGGUUAAAUCUAGAAGUGUUAAACAGGAGGAAAUAGAUUAUGAUGAUCUUUUAAGAGCCAUUGAAAAAUUGAAGAUUCUGGGUGAAGGAUUCCGUACCAUAGCGACAGGUUCUACUAAAGAUUACAUUGUUCAGUCUGUACCUGCUGAAUUGAGCGGCGAUCAUACGAAAAUCAUUCAAAGAGCUAGUGAUAAUGGUUAUGUUACAUUAACCAUAUUGGUAGAAAACUUUACAUGGGAAGAAAUGAGAGCUGAAAAAGCUAUCAAUGAUUUGAUUAGAGAAGGUUUAGUAUGGAUUGAUGAGCAAUUUGAAGGAGAACCAUCGUAUUGGUUUCCUGGACUUCAAAAACUCUAAAAAAUAUGUUUCAAAAUUUUUAUUUUCUUUUGUUUUAUUUUGAACCUAAAAUUGAUAUCUGUAAUGUCAAUUUCAAUACAUCAAUGUUACUAUGUUAUUGAUUACAUUUGAUGAAGGUAUUUACUUAUCAGUAUCUGUUUGCGACUACUAGAAGGUCAAGGUGCCAUCGGAAUUUUUUGCUUGCAAAACUUUUGCAAAUAUAUGUUCAGGUUUUGUACGGGGUAACUACAACUUAUACCCUUCUAAUUGGUUUUCUUUUGGGAUAUUUUGUUUAGUUUCUUGGCGACCACUGCCCAGAAGUUCUGGAAAAGGUAUAAAUAUGGAUGCAGAAAUCUUUCCCAUUAGAUUAAAUGAAAUUUCUUAUAAUACAUUGAUUUCAAGGGUGAGAUUUCUGUAUUGUGGUCUUGAGUUCCCACUACAAUCACCAAGCCGUCAAAUAAAUUGCAAACUUGCAAAUAUUUUUUUUUUUUUUUUUGCUGUGGGAUGGCUACGCAUUAAACGCUUCAAAGUUGCUCUCCUUCUGGGAUUUUUCUCGCAAACAGCUGCUUGGAUGUUGCCAGGACAUGGCGAUUAUCCUGUUGCAGAUCAUGAUAGAGAUAUCUUCCCAUUUCAGAACU